AGCUUAAGACGUUAGAUGUGUUCAUGAAAUAUUGACCCGAUUCUGAAACCUGCUCAGUGUUGACUUAUUAUUAAUAAGUUAUUAAGUGAAAACAGAUAUUAGUGAUGACAAGCAAGGAUAACUAAACUGACCAUGAAUAUUACAACGGAAAAAUACAGUGAAACCAAUAACCUACCAACAGAUGCCACAAUAACAACGCUUUCAUCUGCGCCUUUUGAAGGAUUUGACCCAGGAGAAAAUGGUACAUUACCAGAAAGCGGUUAUAAUGAUACCAUAUUUGCUUUUCUUGAAGAACCAGACUUACAACUAACAUUUGAAGUGCUAAACAUAAUGGCAAUAAUUAUGAUGUUUGCAGAACUGAUAUUGACUUUUUUAGCAAUUUCAAAACUAAAACAAUGGAGAAGAAAUUAUAGGAACCUGAUGUUGACACAAAUUAGCUUCGCGCGGCUUUUACAACGCAUCUUGAGCUACGCCAUUUUUUUGGAAAAGAAACCGAAUAUUUUUGAUAAUAGUAAGCAACCUUGUCUACCGUACCUUACCUUGAUUACUUAUUUCAAUUUUGUUACAAUAUUUCUUGUAUUCUUUCUCAUUAAACACAUGUAUGAUUCAUUGAUUGUGAUAUUUGUUAAAAUCAGCAAAAACCGUUUCUAUAAAGUAUCGAUAUUUGCAUGGUUAUUUCCUAUUCCUCUUACUACCACUUGGGUCGCAUUCGCUGUUUAUGAUGUUUUCGACAAGUUUUUGGUGGACGUCAUAUUUUGUAUUUUAUUUAAAUGGACUUUUACUUUAAUGGGGACUAUUCUCUACAUUCGUAUUUUACGCAAGAUCUUGAAAGAUAAAUGUAGACAGUUUGCAAGAAGUUUGACGAUCAUUACAUUUAUGCUAUGUUUAAUAAUCAAUAUGUAUGCGAUAACAGCAGAUAUUUCGAGAUUAAUUCGAUGUUAUUUACUUUUAGUAAUUAAGCAUAUAACUGGGUUCAUUUUAAACAGCCUUGUCUUAUGUUUGUAUAUAGCACUUAUAUCAUCUAAUUUUAAGCAUCGUAUUAAACAUUCUGACGCUAUUUCGAACUACAGCGUGGGUGUUAUAAAUAAAGAGGUGGCCCAACCAGGUGUGGAGAGAUACUCUGUUAAAAUUGACUCACAAAUAAUGCUCGAUGUUAAUUUUAAGUAAAAAGUUAUAAAACUGUGAUCAUGAAAUUUUUAAUAUUGCUACUCCAAUCAUGUCCAGAAUUAAGUAUUAUAAAGGGUAAAAUUGUUAUGUUUGACCAUACGCUGAGGGGUGAAUAUCUGGGUCAUACUGAACAACUUUUACUAUGGGGCGAGCCCCGAAAUCGCGAAAAAAAGUCAUCUGUUCCAUAGAAAACAUUGACAUGUGAUUUACCAAAAUGUAUGAGACGGCAGAUUUUUUUUUCGUGAAUUCGGGGUUGGCCCCAUAGUGGAAGUUGUUCAGUAUGACCUAUAUAUCCAAUGCUCAGCGUAUGGUCAAACAUAACAAUUUGACCCCGUAUAAUACUAAAUUACGUUUAUUUUCAUUGUAGCUUUUAUUCCGUCUCUUUAUACCCAAUAUUUUUUAAAUAUGCCUGAAUAUGUUAUUCUGAAUGUCA